AUGGUACUAAUCUUGUCGACUCAACAGGCUGAGACAGUUUCCCGCCUGGUCGGUUCAUCGAUGUGGAAACGAUUGCCCGACUCGUUCGGUUUGUGGGAUGGCGGCGAAUCCGCAGGUCGGGGAUUGACUGAUAUGCCCGGCAGUCACUUACCCCGAGAGGAGCUGUACAGAGUUGCCGUGGAAAUCUCGGAUAGCGGGUUUUAUUUCCGGGAUCAGCAUGCUUUUUGUGAUGAGGGUAUGCGUGAGGUUAUGGGGGCGACGGUGGUGGAGAAUCAGGUGGGUGCUUUUCUUAAUGGUUAG